UUGUAGUUUUAAUAUAUCUUGUCUUUGUCAUAUUUAAUAUCUGAUUGCAAUGGUAGUAUUUCAGGUUCCCAUGCCGUUUUAUUUCUCAGCAAUUUGCCCUGCAUGCAUGGAGCCAUGACAGUCAUUUCGUUCCCUCCUUUCUUUCUUUAGCCUAAAUCUCUUCCUCGUUUAUCCAUAUAGUCCUGAGGAAAAUGCAGAUAUGUAUCCGAGAGGGCGUAUAAUGCAUCCAUGAUCCACAGGAAUCCUGAAUCCUUGCAGCUGAUUGGCUGCUGGCUCUUGCCUCUUGUUGGGAUGGACCUGUUGGAUAAAAGGACCAUUUUCUAAAGGGCUCUUGGUGUAUUACAGAGGACCAUGCACUGGGGACCGUCCUGUGAGACGCUAUUGUAAAAAAAAAUACCCUUUCAAGUAGCAUCUGAAGACACCAUGACGGGGAAACAAGGCGCCGUAUUAUCGGAAAGUUUACAUUUAUCGGAGAAAACCUCUCUGGGUGCAAAUGGAGGCAGCCACCAGCCGAAGAGCAGCGCGACCCAUCCGCCGCCCAGGUGCACCGGCUUCGGCAUCCAGGAGAUUCUGGGUCUCAAUAAAGAGCCGUCCACGAUCCCGAGGAGCCCGCUGAGCUCGCUGCCGGUCGGGGCGCACCUGCUCGCCGCCAGGUCCCUGCUGGGCCCCGCCGGCUUGAGCAUGGGGAUGGGAUUAAUCGGCCAUGGUGGCAUUCCGUCGUUUUACAGACAACCAGCCUUUUUGGAAACGGUGCUGUCGGACGCACACGAUGUUCACAUGCAGCACCACAGCAGGUCCGCAGGUCCGGACACCAGCCAGUCUGCCAGCUCAGACUCAGAUGAUUUGUCUUCAAAUGAACGAAAACUCUCAAAGUCAUCAGUAAGUCAGAGCAAGAAACGCAAGAAAAGACGCCACCGCACCAUAUUCACCUCUUAUCAGUUGGAGGAGCUGGAGAAGGCCUUUAAUGAAGCGCACUACCCGGAUGUUUAUGCCAGAGAGAUGUUGGCCAUGAAAACAGAGCUACCUGAAGACAGGAUACAGGUAUGGUUUCAGAACCGCAGAGCUAAGUGGAGGAAGAGGGAGAAAUGCUGGGGCCGCAGCACUGUGAUGGCGGAGUAUGGGCUGUAUGGAGCCAUGGUGAGGCACUCCAUCCCCCUGCCAGAGUCCAUCCUCAAGUCUGCCAAGGACGGCAUCAUGGAGUCCUGUGCCCCCUGGCUGCUCGUCCAAGAUGGCUUACCAAUCAGCGGACGCUAUUCUAAAUCUGAAUACCCGCAACUCUUUGCAGGGAUGCACAAAAAGUCCACGGACGGAGCGGUUCCCCCGGCAACAGGACAGUUCGAUGCCCCCCAGCAGCAGCAGCAACAGCCAAGCUCUCCGAGGGCGGAAGAAGCUGAAGCGGAGGAGAAGAGGUCAGAGGGCAAGUCCACCAUUUCUAAAGAGGAACUGAGAGAGAACAGCAUUGCUGCACUCAGGGCCAAGGCACAGGAGCACAGUGCCAAAGUGCUGGGGACAGUUUCUCAUGACAGACUGCUGGAGGGCAAGCAGGAGAGACAGGCGGCCGAGGAGAAAGCUGCUGAUCCCCCGAGUCCAGCCGAUGAGGAGAAAAGUCUGUAGAGACUUUUCUGUGGACUGUUAUUCUCCUGUGAAUGCAGUAAGCUGGCUGCACUUACCCAGCACAACUCUGUCCUGCAGGUUUCCAUCCCUCAGUGACUUAUUUAAAGCCGGCCUGCAUCUGGACUUCUUCAAGAAGAUAUCUCGUUUGGCCGUCAAUGCAGCACACAAGAUGCAAAAAGCACUUUUUCUGAUUUACUUCCAAACCUACAGUUGUUUUUGCUUAUGCAUAGUAGAUGAGAUCUGACUGAGUGUUAAUACUGGUGUAUAUAGAUCCCACAGUUAUAUAUAGAGCCAAAUGUUAUCCAGUACAACAGUUAUAUUAUACAAGGACUUCCGAUGAGCAGUCAAGUACUUUUCAUUCUCGGCAUUCAGUUUAUUGUUGCUUGUAGUUACUAAAUGUUGACAUUUGAAAGAACAAACCACCCCACCGACAGAAAAGUUAUUGUGUUCCUAUAUCACGCUGUAUAUACUUGAUAUAUUAAUCUCUCUUACUAAGGCACAAUUUGACAUAUGUUUUUCUUGUAAUCUUUUAAAAUGUUUGUGUUUUCAUUUAAUAAUAUGUAUAACUCAA